AUGGCUGAGAAGAUUACACUUCUGGAGGCUAAGUUGCAGAACACUGAAAAUGAAGUCGUGGAGCUGCGGAGCCUGACUGGAGGCAAACCUCAGGUGGCCUUUUCUGCAACUCUCAGGGACAAUAGCACUGGAAACAUUGGACCCUUCACCAUUAAUACCCCACUUAAGUAUAAGAAGAUCUUCGCCAACACUGGAAACAGCUACAACCCUGCAACAGGCAUCUUCACAGCGACUGUCAGAGGAACGUACUUCUUUAGAUUCUCAAUGUUCAACAACGUCAGUCCUACUCCCAACUCAGUGGUGAGCCUCAUGAAGAACGGAGAGAGGCUGACGUCUGUGUGGGACACCGCAGGGUCUGAUGCCAACGACAUGGGGAGCAACGCCGUGGUCAUCGCCCUCGAUGUGGGAGACAACGUGUAUGUGGAGCUCCAGGCGAACAGGAUGGUCUAUGAUAAUCACAUGAACUACAACACCUUCAGUGGUUUUCUGCUCUUCACUGUGUAA